AUGGUUGACGGAACUUGGGGAGGUGUUUAUCAGGAGCGUCUGUAUGAGCGGCAAGGUCGUCUAUCAGAUCGACUUUGUGCGGAGGCUGCGAGCGAUGCAACUCCUGAGGGAUGUCGAUUUUUCUGGUGUUUACGAGGCAGUCGCGGUAAAGGAAAGCCUUGGCAAAAGUGGGCGUGUGAUCUAUUUCUAGUGCAAUUUAGCACAAGACGAUACCAGCGAGCGAUUUCGGAGACUAUGCCGAUGCUCGCCUGGUAAAGCCUUACUUGUGAUUAUACGCAUCAGCUUCACACAAGAACUUUCAAAAUGCCUAGAUUGUAGUCAUUGUUUUUGUUUAUUUCCUAUUACUUACAUUUUUCCUUUCACCGGUGGGGAAUGGGUGAAGCUUGGUCCUCAAUUCUUGGUGGAAAGGGGGAGGCAUUAUCUUAAAACGUUGCUACAACUUCAUCGACAACGUAUUGCUAGUAUUACACUCUCAAUAUAAUUGCCACAGGUACAACAUCGAAGUUUUCAUUUUGCGGUCGCGUUUCAUUUUGAGCCAUUGGGUUAAAAGCGACGAAAAUGGUACAGGUCGUGACGUUUCUGCGGAUGUCGCGCAAGUAAUUCGCGAAAAAUAUGCGAACUUUAUCAAAGACGCAGUCGCCCGGUACGAUAGGGAGCAUGAGGGAAAAACAAGAACAGCGUGGGACAUAAAGGCUAUUGAGGCACUUAAAGAGUUAGAUGAUGACGCAAUUCGUCAUCUAUC